AUGUUCCAACGGCUUAUUACACAUGUUUCUAUCGGGCGAUUCAACUUCGAGCUCUGUGCUGAGCUCCACAACCAGAUCUUCGAGAUUGCCUGGAAGGGAAGUGGACGAACCUGGGGCCAUUUGCCCACGUGGUGGCAGCAUUUCCAGCCGACUGAUGCCCAAGCCUCGCAUUAUCACCCAUGGAUGAUCGAAUUCCUUCAACGUGUUUACUAUCACCCUGAUGCCCCUCCGCUUUUCUACUACAUUGACCGUCUUGCCUCGCCCGAGGACCUAGUCGACGAGCAUGUCAAUGGUCUAGCGGAGGCACGCGACUGUUUUCUUUGGUUACAUCAUUCAACAGGUUGGAUGUGUGGAGAUGAAUAUGGGAUUUUAUUUGAUCAGGUCGCAUGCAAGGCCACUUUCGUGACCCAUUGUGAAGAUAAUCUCGACCGAGUCAGGACGGGAUACGGCUGGAAGCCGCUGGAAGAUAUCUACUGCGCAUAUCUGGCGAUGAUUGCGUCCCGAAAGGUUGAAGUCCGGCAGUGGCCCAGCGGCCGAUGGGAGUGGGAUACUGACACCGAUAAACUCGCCAAAUCUCCUCUUCAAAGGUUUGGUCCGUGGCGGUUCCAUACUUAUACUCCCACAGAUGUUCAGCUGGCUGUCUUCGCCCUGCGAGAUCUGCUGGAUGCGAUCGAGGCUCGCUUGCCGCCAACUGCAACCAUACCCAACAUCAAUACUCGCAGUUCGAUGAUACUUCCCUGGUCAGACCCCGGCAUUCGCGACGAGGCCCGGAUCAUCCGAAACAGCUUCGCAGGGGCUUUCUGCGACGCCACCGCGACCAUCUGUACGACCACCACCCGACGAUGCUUCCAGUACCUGGCCCCGGGGAUCCGCCUCCCCACGAUAGCAGAGUUCCGCGCACAGCCGUUCCGAGAUUAUGAGUAUGCGGACUCGUCCUCGCAGGAGCUGUUUCAUUUAAGGCCGAUCCGACCCACCUUGUUGCUGGUCGCGGAUCACGAAGGAUCACUAUCACUAUCAUCUUUACCAUCACCCCUGACCCCACCAAUGGUCAUUCCCGACCCCGACAUCACCAUCAAUUCCAUCUUGUUCUCACGGCGGCAAGUCGAUCUCCCGGUCCCCGCGAGACCCGCGGGGCUAUAUUUGAGCGGUGAUGACAACGACAACCGCGCUUGGGAGUCUGGAUGCCAUCUACUUCUACCAUUCAGCAUUGGGGAGCAGGGCUGGGUGCGGCGCAGCGACGGGACGAUCAUGGGCACGGACUACGCGGACGAUAUAGUUCCGAGACCCGGGGCCACGAAUUCGGAACUGUAUCAGUGCGUGGAGAAUGGGUGCGUCCCCUAUCGCCAUGUCCCAAUUCACCAGGUGCUGCAAAAUUGGGCAGAACGAGUGCGGGAGGGGGACUGGGCGGUAGAUGAGAACGGGGUGUCGGGGGGGAUUGGAAAGUGGAGGGAGGCGGAUACGGAGGAGAUGUGGGAGAAAUACUGCGUGCCAUUGAAAAUUUAUUAGAAUAGAUGCGUCAGUCAGUACACGCAUCGUGUAUACAAGCAGACUUCAGAUCCUACUAAACUCGUUCCAUCGAUUUACGGAUCUAGUUGUGACAGAGAUGAGAGGCUUUGACAAAUUACGGUGGACAUUUACUUGCUUGCUGCAAUACUGAUGGAGCGUGAAGAU